AUGGCAUCAAGCUCUUGUCUUAAGCAAGGGUCAGUGCCAAUGAACAACAUUUGCAUUGCCCCUGAAGCAACGUAUGAAGCUGUUGUUGCUGACCCUAGGCUUUUCAUGUCUUCCUUGGAAAGGCUUCACUCCCUCUUGGGUACUAAAUUCAUGGUUCCGAUCAUAGGAGGGAGAGAUUUGGACUUGCACAAGCUUUUCGUCGAGGUAACAACUCGUGGUGGAAUCAAUAAGAUACUUCAUGAAAGGAGAUGGAAAGAAGUAACUGCUACAUUUGUCUUUCCUCCAACCGCGACAAAUGCAUCAUAUGUCCUGCGCAAAUACUACUUCUCGCUGCUUAACAAUUAUGAGCAACUCUAUUUCUUCAAAUCUAAUGGCCAAAUUCCUCCAGACUCUCUGCAGAACCCAUCCGCUAGACCGGGACUUAUGCAAGGAACCAUAAGACCUUCACAAGAACUACAAGCUUUAACCUUUACACCACAACCAAAGAUCAACUCUUCUGGAGAACUCCCUGGAGGAUCUGUAGCUGGUUCAAAUGUGAUGGGAGUGAUUGAUGGGAAAUUCGAAAACGGUUACCUUGUAACUGUAACAAUGGGAUCAGAGCAGCUUAAAGGAGUUCUGUAUCAGCUUCUUCCACAGAACCCUGUUCAAACUCCACAACAGAGUCAUGGUGUUUUCCCCAACACUUGGAACAAUAAUGCCAAUCCUCAGGGGAUUACUGGAGGGGUCACAAAACGGCGUAGGAGAAGAAAGAAAUCAGAGAUCAAAAGACGCGAUCCUUCUCAUCCGAAACCUAACAGAAGCGGUUAUAACUUCUUUUUCGCGGAGCAGCACGCGAGGCUGAAGCCGCUUCAUCCCGGUAAAGACAGAGAGAUCAGCAGGAUGAUUGGUGAACUCUGGAACAAUCUUGAUGAAGAAGGAAAAUCGGUUUACCAAGGGAAGGCAAUGGAGGACAAAGAGCGAUACCGAACUGAGAUGGAAGAUUACAGAGAGAAGCUUAGGACAGGACAACUCAUAAGUAACGCUGUUCCACUGCAACAGAGACUUCCAGAGCAAAACGUUGGUACUGCUGAAGCUGAUCUUCCAAUAGAAGACGCGGAAGACGAAGACGAAGAAGGUGAUUCAAGCGGUUGCUCAGGCGAAAGCGAAGCACAUGAUGAUCAGAACGGGGAAUCAGAUCCUGAACUGGAGAAGCCAACUUUGAAUCCUUCAGAUCUUAACCUAAACCCUAAUCCGACUGAGAUAGUCGUGGCUCCCAAGGAGAAAACCGGCGAUGUUGUGAUGGAAACAACUCCAAUGAAGAAAGCUGAAGAGCCGACCAUGGUGGUGGCAGCUGAGCAGAACUGA